AUGAGCGCCCCAGAAUGGGUCGACGCCGGCCCGCUGCUGGCCUGCGCGCGCGACUCCUUGGCCUUCGGCGAGAUUCUGCACGGCGAGGACUUCAGCCUGCAGCAGGCGAUGAGCGCCGUGGUGAUCGGUGCGCCCAAGAUGGACGCGGGGAGCGCCGGCGGGAGGGUGCGCAGCCCGGCGGAGCUGAUCGCGGGCGGCGGUGCGCCGGUGGACCUGCCGGCCGGGGAGGCGCUGGGCGUGAUGGACAGGCUGAUGGCGUUGGAGGCCAGUUGGCUGACGGGGUCGGCGCUGACGCAGACCGUGUACACGUGCCUGUACAUGUUCGACCUGGAGAGGCUGGAAGACAACCUGUACUUGUCAGCAUUCUGCAAGAUCGUGAGGGCCACUACCUGGGAAAUCAGGAACAUGGUGAUCGCUGCCUGUGUGUGCGAGGAUGAAGACUUUGUUGCAUUGUCCCAUGGAACGCCACUAGACGAAGCACAGGGAGAUGGUGGAAAGUCUGCAUUGGCAGCCGCAAGUUUUGCAGAGGGGAAACUCACCCAAAUCCUAAAAAGAAAAGGAGGGGCGCAGCAAAAGGAUGGCAAUGGCCUUGGAGAUGUCGAUGCCAUGCCUGCCAACAUGGCUCAGGCGAUCGCAGCCAGGCUGAAAUUCUGGCAGCUGCUGCACAUGGGAUUAGAUAGGUUGCAGAAGAAAGGCAAGCAGGACCUUCAAGCGGCAUCAAAGCAUUUUGGGGCAGCUAUGGUCGAGCUGCAGACUAUAAGGGAGACAUCAGCUCUGGGUUCAGAGGAUUGUCCUGGAUUUCAACCUUGCCUUGACAGAGGCACCCUGGGUGCUGCACCGAUGAGGCCAUUGAAGAUCCUAACCAAAGAGGAUGCAUGGGAUCACUUCCAAGCGAUGCUUGAGCAUUUGCAACUAGCUUGUUCAGUAACAGCAAUAGGCAGCCUGAAGGAGCUGAAGAACUUCUUAUUGUCAUUUGCUAAGAAGCUUCCAGCGGCAGUUGCUCGCUCAGCACUGCAUCUAAAUCUGAGCUUCAACAAAGGCACCCAAUUGAGUGAGCCCCCAAGGUGGUGCCCCUCUAUCCGAAUGCUGAGCGAUGCUCUGAACUUGCCUCCAAAGAGGGGCGAUGCUGGAGAUGAGGUGGACUUCUUUCUUCAGCAGGCCCUUAUUGCGAUGCAGAACUGGUGCCAGUGCAUGUGCUUGAACAGACUCCGCCAGAGGCGGCGACUGCGUAAGGGCCUGGAAGACUGGAGAAACCUGGCUGACCACGCUUUUCAUGCUGACAACUCUCCCGCUUUUCAGCGCUACAUGGCUGAGACUGGAUGGCAUUGGUUGCCGGGGGGCCUCCAGCAGAAUGGGCCAAACUCUUUUCAGAGUGGUCCUCUCAUGGCGUGGGUGGAGCAGGGGUGUUGUGAGUGCAUGGUCCUGCAUUUGCUGCUUGGCUGUGAGCUUGAGCUUUACCAGCCCAUGGAGUACACAAUGAUAUUCUGGUACUGUGACUACUUGUUCAGCAAACUCCUGGCCUGCACCCGGGACCUGUUCAACGCACGCUCUGGAGUUGUUCCACCCUCUGAGCAGAAAAAGAAGGGGGGCAAGAAGACAAAAUCCAAGAUGCAGCAGGGGAAGAACGCGCAGACGGACCUCAUUAGGACACAGCGCUAUGCCAUGGAGUUGGCCAUCCUGGAGACGGAGCGCCACAUGAGCCAGGGCAUAGUCAGGCUCAUGCUGGGCCUGCACAUGACGGGGACCUUGACAAAACCAGAGUUCCCGUUCAACGGUGAAGCAGAGCGUUUCCACCAGAGGUUUGAUUGCUUCCAACAGGUGGAGCAGCCCGAGCCGUUGGAGUACGCAGCGUUUGCAGCCAGCACUCACAUUGUCGCACCAUCCUCAAGCAGGAUACUGGACGCCGCCAGCAAGAGCUUCCACGGGGCCAAGGACCACGCAUCCCUGGUGCUGGCCAGGGCGUCCACGUCAGGCCUCGGGGAGGAGCGCCUUGGGGAAAUCCGGGCCAUGGAGCACGUGGCCAGGACGAACGCCGUCGCCGCGAGCAUCGUCAUGCGCUCGGAGCAGCUGGGCCUGCAGAACAUGAGCGUCGCGUUCGGGUACGACCACCAUCCCUACUUCCCCGUGGUCUCCAUUGCCAGGAGCAAGGAGGGCUGA